CAGAAAAUCUAAGAGACCAUGGACACAGGGUUCGCCAAGCACCAAAUCCAAGCACUCAUUGUGCAGAGUUCAAACGCAGGAUAGUGAAAUUGAUUGGUGCCACAAAACACCUGCGUGCUCACAGAAAAUAACCAAUUAGGAUAAGUAAUUUUGAACAAACUCACAAAUCUUGUAUUCUGGAAUUGGAUCCUAUAAACUAUUUGUGAUGAAAUGUCGCAAAUAGGCCCAUCAACACCACCCUCAAAUCGGAGUGAUGGUUUGCCAAUUACCAGUUUAACGCUACUUAUUAUUCUACUCUUACCGUGUGUGGUUCUUCUGUUGUUGUUGAACUGUUUGUUUCUGGGUUACAAGUUACACAUUUGUUCAAAGAAGAACAAAAAAAGACAACGAGAGGACUACGAGAGUAUGUUACAGUCUACUCUGUCGAUGCGCCAGAGAAUGAGCAGAAUAUCCGAGACGCCAUUGUUGCCAAAUCAAGAUGGGAAAGGGGCUUACAUCUCGGUUGCAGAGACAAUUCGGGCACAGCCCUCGAACUCUUCAAGAACUUCGUCAAAGGAGAGGGCAGCAGUAGACCAGAGAAUCCGAUUAAUCCGGCCGGACGGGGCCACAGGCGGUGGUUUGGAGUCUCCGAGGACGCAGAGCACCAUAUUGGCCACCUCCAGGGUCGACCAGACGCGUAGGUCACGAAUGUACAGCAGGAACAAAAUUAACUGGCGCAGAAGCGCCCCUGUCCUACCGCAGUCAAGUGAUUCAGAGGUAGAACGGCCUAACCUUGUACCACCCAACUCGCCUGCGCUAAAUAAUCCACACUCAACGGUAACAUCUGACCAGAGGCCCAUGCGUCGGUGCAGCACCAUGGAGCUAUUGAACAACAUAGAACACCAGUUUGAUAUGGUUGACUUCGAAUGUGACUAUACCAGUAACAUACCUCCAGAGACGUCAUGCUUUGUUGUAUCUGACAACUAUUCCACCAUGGGCCCUGGAUUGGACAGCGACUUUGGAGCAAGCGCCGGUGUCUCGCUCCGGAUUUUAUCCGCAGACAGCGACGGUCUCAACAACGGUGUGUGGGACUCCGGAAUGGAAUGGGACUAUUACGACCCGUGCUAUGUGAGGGAGAAAAACAUACCCAAACAGAAACAUCACAUGCCUGCAUUGCAUACCAAGCAUUAUUGGGUAUGAUGCCAGAGAACAUGAAAUAUUUUAAUAUUUAUUAUUAGGCUACAUAUUUUUCAUUCUAAAAAGCGCACUAACACAGAUUAUCACUUUUUCCAUUUAGCCAAAAGUAACUGCCCCCCGCCCCCACACACACCAGUUUUGUAAAGAACUGCACUCACUUUUGUAAAUCACACAUUUAUUCUCAUUAAACUAUGUAUAUUCAUUGUCCAAGACACUUCUACUAUUCACAUUGUUUGUUACACUUGAAUAAGCACAUUUAUUAUAUGCACUAAAAUUGCUUGAACAUUUGAUUUCAUCCACUACUAAAGUUGUCAAUAAAGAUUGUAUUGCUUGCAAUACAUAUUUCCCAAAAAUAAUUGAUUGGUUUCAUGGUUGAAGUUUAUUCCCUUUUCAAAGAUCUGUACAAAUUGCAAACUGACACCCACUAUUCACCAGUUAAUUUAUUGUUUUAAUUUCAUACAAUUCAAUUUAAAUGUUUUAAACCCUAUAUAUUCUUACAUUACAAGUCAUAAGCAAUUCCCCUCCCUUUCCUCUAUAACAGGCUAGUUUUAUAUCCUUCAUUAGUUGCACAUAUGAAGUCAGAAGUACUCACACAGGCUUCUGCCCCCCCUCCUUAAAUCCAUACAA